CCCUCGCCCUCGCCCUCGCCGCUCGUUCGAGGCGCGGAUCGGGGACCAUCGCCACGCUGAAGCCGCGCUCCGCCCCGAACUUGGAAGGGGCUGCAGCUCUGACAGGCUGCACCUGGACAGCGGCGCUCCUGAGAUGAAGAACCGCGCCUCUUCUCGCGGAGGGCUAUGGUGAGAGUCCCGUCCAGAGAUGCUGUCCGGCUCAGACCACUCCCUCCCCCUGCCCCUCCCCUCUCAGCCCUGCACCCGCUCCUCUCUCUCCCUCCCGGAGCCGGAGGCCUGGCAGACGCCGGGGCCCUCUCUCCGCCCGGGCCUGGUCCCCGGGGCUCGGUCCUGCUCCCUGCAGGUGCCCCACUCCUCUGAGUACCUGGAGCUGCCCGCCCGCGCCGCCAGCUUCGACCUGCCGCGCGACAGCCAAGACUCCGACCAGGGCUCCGGCUCGCCCGGCCCCUGUGGGGCGCUGCGCCGGCGCGGGGGACUGGUGGAGCAGAAGCACGUCAUCAUGGCUCACCAGGCGCACAAGAUCCAGAGCACGCCUCAGGCCCGCCGGAAGGAGUGGGAAAUGGCUCGGUUCGGAGACGAGUCCGCCCCCGGCACCGUGGACUCCGGGGAAGUGGACCUGGAGCGCGGCGGAGACGCGGAGGACGCGGCGGCGGCGGCUGCGGCGGGACUGACGGCUUCCAUGAAGCAAGCCAAAGCCCAGCGGGCCCGGACCAUGGCUCUGUACAACCCGGUGCCGCACAGGCAGAACUGCCUCACCGUCAACAGGUCGCUGUUUAUCUUUGCCGAGGACAACAUCAUCCGGCGGACCGCGCGGCGGAUCAUCGAGUGGCCGCCCUUCGAGUACAUGAUCCUGGCGACCAUCACUGCCAACUGUGUGGUCCUGGCCUUGGAGCAGCAUCUCCCUGGAGAGGACAAGACGCCCAUGGCCAAGAGACUGGAAAAGACGGAGCCGUACUUCAUCGGGAUCUUUUGCUUUGAGGCGGGAAUCAAACUGGUGGCGCUGGGCUUCGUGUUCCACAAAGGCUCCUACCUGAGGAACGGCUGGAACGUCAUGGACUUCAUCGUCGUGCUGAGUGGGAUCCUGGCCACAGCAGGAGCCCACAUGAACAUCCCGGUGGAUCUCCGCACACUCAGGGCAGUGCGGGUCCUGAGGCCGCUCAAGCUGGUCUCCGGCAUUCCCAGUCUCCAGAUUGUGCUGAAGUCCAUCAUGAAGGCCAUGAUUCCCCUGCUGCAGAUCGGCCUGCUCUUGUUCUUCGCCAUCCUCAUGUUCGCCAUCAUCGGCCUGGAGUUCUACAGCGGGAAGCUUCACCACACCUGCCUGCCGUCCGUCGACAUCCUUGACAACGAGACCGUGGACUCCUCCGAGUUGGCCUUCGCCUGUGGCGUGAGGAAAUGCCCCGAAAAGUACGACUGCAACGACACCUGGAUCGGCCCCAACGACGGCAUCACGCAGUUCGACAACAUCCUGUUCGCUGUGCUCACGGUCUUCCAGUGCAUCACCAUGGAGGGCUGGACGGCCGUCCUCUACAACACCAAUGAUGCCCUGGGCCCCACCUGGAACUGGAUGUACUUCAUCCCGCUCAUCAUCAUCGGCUCCUUCUUCGUGCUGAAUCUGGUCCUGGGAGUCUUGUCUGGAGAGUUUGCCAAGGAGAGAGAGAGAGUGGAGAACAGACGGGCCUUCAUGAAGCUGCGGCGCCAGCAGCAGGUGGAGAGAGAACUCAACGGCUACAGAGCCUGGAUAGACAGGGCAGAGGAGGUCAUGCUGGCGGAGGAGAACAAAAACUCGGGCCGAUCAGCCUUAGACGUGCUGAAACGGGCCAGCAAGAAAACGGGCGCACGGCGAGGAGCUCCUGGAGAUGAGAAGUACACGGACAUGUCCACGGCCAGCAUGUCCCGCUCCAGGAUGAACUUCCGCAGCGGCCGCCGAGGACCCGCCGCGUACCUGCGGCGCAAGGAGCGAAUGCUGCGCAUCUCCAUCCGCCGCAUGGUGAAGACGGACACCUUCUACCUGCUGGUGCUCAGCCUGGUGGCGCUCAACACCAUCUGCGUGGCCAUCGUGCACCACGACCAGCCCGACUGGCUGACCGUCUUCCUCUACUACGCAGAGUUCGUGUUCCUGGGUCUGUUCCUGGCCGAGAUGUUUCUGAAGAUGUAUGGUCUGGGUUUCCGCCUCUACUUCCACUCCUCCUUCAACUGCUUCGACUGCGGGGUCAUCGUGGGCAGCAUCUUCGAGGUGGUCUGGGGCUUCUUCCGGCCCGGCAUGUCCUUUGGCAUCAGCGUCCUCAGGGCCUUGAGGCUGCUGAGGAUUUUCAAAAUCACCAAAUACUGGGCGUCCCUUCGGAACCUGGUGGUGUCCCUCAUGAGCUCCAUGAAGUCCAUCAUCAGCCUGCUGUUUCUGCUCUUCCUCUUCAUCGUGGUGUUCGCUCUGCUGGGGAUGCAGCUCUUCGGCGGACGGUUCAUCUUUGAGGAUUACACUCCCACCAACUUUGACACGUUUCCAGCUGCCAUCAUGACGGUGUUUCAGAUUCUGACCGGCGAGGACUGGAACGAGGUGAUGUACAACGGGAUCCGCUCCCAAGGAGGAGUGCAGUACGGCAUGUGGUCGUCCAUCUACUUCAUCGUGCUCACCCUCUUUGGAAACUAUACUCUGCUCAACGUCUUCUUGGCCAUCGCCGUGGACAACCUGGCCAAUGCUCAGGAGCUCACCAAGGAUGAAGAAGAGGAGGAGGAGUUCUUCAACCAGCGCUACGCACGAGGAAGGGACGGACUGAUAUCUGACGGGAGGCGCAGACCGUACCUGUACAGGAAACGAGCCAUCCACAGAGGGCGACCCAACUUCCCCGAUGAGAUGGAGGCUGGAGGCGGCGCUGCCGACGAGCAGCCUCUGAACGGGUCCAACGCCUUCGCCAACCGCCGCGAGAGGAGGCGGAAGGUCAACAUGUCGGUGUGGGAGCAGAGAGCCAAUCAGCUGAGGAAGCGCCGUCAGAUGGCCAGCAGGGAGGAGCUCUUCAACAGCCCCACCGAGGACACCUUGGAAACGCCCACCAUCGCCGCUCACCACGUCCCCGCGCUGUCCCCCGAGGCCAGCCCCGCUCACCUGCCCGAGUCCCCCAUGUCCGUGGGGAUGCCGCUCCCAGAACCGCCCAUGUCCAUCUCCAUCCCCAUCCCUGAGCCUCCCGCCGCACAGCCUCUGCUCCACCUGAGCGAGGAGAAGUCUGGAGGCGCCAACCACCGGGCGGCAGGCGGCGGCAGGCACAGGAUGGCUCGCAAGUUCAGGCCCAGUCAGGGUGCAGAGGAGGGGGCCCGGCACCGGCGGCACCGGCACCGUGAGGCUCGUGUGGAGGCCAAGAGUUUGGACUGUGCCCAAGCGCCUUACGAGUUACCGCCGAGCAGACGGUCGCUGAGCCAAGAGAGGAAGGUCCUGGAUGAGAAGGAGGAGAGGGAUGAAGGAGAGGCGAGAGACGCUGAGGACGAGGGCGGAGCUUGUAUCGCCAACCCGUAUGCAGAUGUGGGGAAAGACUGCAGCAGAGCGGGCGACUUCCCAGACCCCCCGCAGGGCCAGCAGGUCCUGGACUGCCAGCUGAGCCCAGGGGAGGCUUCUUCCGAGGCCCCGGACUCCACCGGUGGCUACGCAGACCGACGGCCCGCCUCCUUUCAUCCAGACAAGUCCACCUUGGAAUGUGUGGGCAUGGAGAUGUCCGCGCAGCCUCUGCUGGAGCUGACGCCGCUGGCAGGGACCAGUCAGGAGCUGGAGGCCUACCAGGGCCAGCAGGAGGAGAGAGAAGAAGACACCGAGGACGAGGAGCCGCCCGCGCCGCCCAAACCGGCCGCUCCCGACAGCAUGUUCAUUUUCAAAGCCACAAACCCGAUCAGGAGAGUCUGCCACUACGUGGUCAAUCUGCGCUACUUUGAGAUGACCAUCCUGCUGGUGAUCGUGGCCAGCAGCAUCGCUCUGGCAGCCGAGGACCCCGUGUGCACCAACUCUGAGAGGAACAAGGUCCUGCGCUACUUCGACUACGUCUUCACCGGAGUCUUCACCUUCGAGAUGAUCAUCAAGAUGAUCGACCAGGGUCUCAUCCUGCACGACGGCGCCUACUUCCGAGACAUGUGGAACAUCCUGGACUUCAUCGUGGUGGUGGGAGCUCUCAUUGCCUUCGCUUUAACGAACAACAAAGGCCGAGACAUCAAGACCAUCAAGUCGCUCCGAGUUCUGCGGGUGCUGCGACCUCUGAAAACCAUCAAGCGCCUUCCCAAACUCAAGGCCGUCUUCGACUGCGUGGUCACAUCCCUGAAGAACGUCUUCAACAUCCUCAUCGUGUACCAGCUCUUCAUGUUCAUCUUCGCCGUCAUCGCCGUGCAGCUCUUCAAGGGCAAGUUCUUCUACUGCACCGACAGCUCCAUGAACACGGAGAAGGAGUGCCAGGGCUACUACAUCGACUACAGCCGAGACAAGAAGGAGGUGAAGCGGCGAGAGUGGAGGAGACACGAGUUUCACUACGACAACGUCUGCUGGGCCCUGCUCACCCUCUUCACCGUCUCCACCGGGGAGGGAUGGCCUCAGGUCCUGCAACACUCCACCGACGUCACCGAGGAGAGUUUGGGCCCUAGUCGCGGAAACCGAAUGGAGAUGUCGGUCUUCUACGUGGUCUACUUCGUGGUCUUCCCCUUCUUCUUCGUCAACAUCUUUGUGGCUUUGAUCAUCAUCACCUUCCAGGAGCAGGGCGACAAGAUGAUCCAGGAGUGCAGCCUGGAGAAGAACGAGAGAGCCUGCAUCGACUUCGCCAUCAGUGCCAAGCCCAUGACCCGCUACAUGCCCCAGAACCGGCAGACCUUCCAGUACAGACUGUGGCACUUCGUGGCAUCGCCGUCGUUUGAGUACACGGUGCUGGUGAUGAUCGCGCUCAACACUGUGGUGCUCAUGAUGAAGUACCAUUCGGCCCCGACAGCGUACGACACGGUUCUCAAACACCUCAACACGGCCUUCACCGUCCUCUUCUCUCUGGAGUGCAUCCUCAAAAUCAUGGCCUUCGGCUUUGUGAACUACUUCAGGGACACGUGGAACAUAUUUGACUUCAUCACGGUUCUGGGCAGCAUCACAGAGAUCGUCGUGGAUUUGCAGUCGGUCAACACCAUCAACAUGAGCUUCCUGAAGCUGUUCCGCACGGCCCGCCUGAUCAAGCUGCUGAGGCAGGGCUACACCAUCCGCAUCCUGCUCUGGACCUUCGUGCAGUCCUUCAAGGCUCUUCCGUACGUCUGCCUUCUCAUCGCCAUGCUGUUCUUCAUCUACGCCAUCAUUGGGAUGCAGGUGUUUGGAAACAUCAGGCUGAACGACGAGACGCACAUCAACCAGCACAACAACUUCAAGACCUUCUUCAGUGCUCUGAUGCUGCUCUUCAGGAGCGCCACCGGGGAGUCCUGGCAGGAGAUCAUGCUCUCCUGCCUGUCGGGGCAGGAGUGCGAGCCGGACCCCUCCAUCGCCCCCCUCACGCUGUCCCCGGACCACGAGGGCGGCUGUGGCACCGACUUCGCCUACUGCUACUUCGUGUCCUUCAUCUUCUUCAGCUCCUUCCUGAUGCUGAACCUCUUCGUGGCCGUCAUCAUGGAUAAUUUUGAGUACCUGACGCGAGACUCCUCCAUCCUGGGACCACAUCACCUGGACGAGUUUGUGAGGAUUUGGGGGGAGUACGACCGGCUGGCAUGCGGACGCAUCCACUACACGGCCAUGUACGAGAUGCUGACGCACAUGUCUCCGCCGCUGGGCCUGGGCAAGAAGUGCCCCGCCAAGAUCGCCUACAAGAGGCUGGUGCUGAUGAACAUGCCGGUGGACGAAGACAUGAGCGUCCACUUCACCUCCACCCUCAUGUCGCUCAUCCGGACGGCGCUGGACAUCAAAAUCGCUCGAGGGGGCGAGGACCGCAUCGCUCUGGACACCGAGCUGCAGAAGGAGAUCAGCAUCAUCUGGCCUUACCUGCCGCAGAAGACCUUGGAUCUGCUGGUCCCCAUCAACAAAGACACUGACAUGACGGUGGGGAAGAUCUACGCCUCCAUGAUGAUCAUGGACUACUUCAAACAGAACAAGGCCAAGAAGCUGCGGCAACAGCUGGAAGCUCAGAAAAGCAGCCUGAUCUUCAAGCGCCUGGACGCGUCCACUCUCCCGGAGGACAUCCUCUCCAACACGCAGCCGCUGCCCAUGAUGGCCCACAGCGCCGGCUCGGCCCUGACCAGAGGAGGCUUUGUGGCUCUGAGUCCCAUCUCACCACAGGAGCUGUUCCUGCAGCCCAUGGGCUCCGACACUGACGCCGCCCAGCCCGGCCCGCAGGAAGGGGGCGCCAGCGGCUCCAUGAAGAGGUCCGUGUCCAUCAUCGCUGACCAGCGUGUCAACGGCGUGUGGCAGGACCAGCGAAGUCCAGAGCGGGUCUACAGGCCGCGCCACAAGAGCUACAAGGCUGCAGUGGCCCGCUCCGAGCGCUGGCAUCAGCAGUCUGAGCGAGAGAGAGGCCGCUGCACUCUGCUCUCCCCGGACAGGUCACGCUGCAACUCGGAGGAAAGGAGCCCGCAAGCGUCGCGCUGCUCCAGCGUGGACAGGUCCCAGCGCCGGGACAAACAGGGCAACAGCUCAGACAGUCCCGUCCCAUCCACCUCAGAGUCCAGCACCCCCAGCGCCCGGCGCCCUUCCUCCCACACCCCCACCAGGUCUCACCCCGGCGUCUCCUACUCGCCUCUGACCUGCCGCACGCUGGGUGAAGACCAGGACCAGCCGGAGCAGGGGAGGGCGGAGUCCAGCUGGGAGACUGCGGAGGCGGCGGCGGGGGAGGUGGGCCGAGGCGCCGGCCAGCAGCACUCGCCCCCGCGCCGCUACCCGUCCGAGCCCUUCCUGGCCUCGCAAGAGGACGAGCACAGCCCCGACCCCACCGGCCCCAUGGAGACCUUGACCUUUGAGGCGGCGGUGGCCUGCAGCCUGGGGCGCUCCAACACCGUCAGCUCGGCUCGCCCGCGCCUGCGGACUGGCUGGCAGGUCCCCAACGGACACUUCCGCAAGCGUCUGGCCCAGACGGCGGCGGCGGGCGGCGGCGAGGCGCUGAGCGACACCGAGGAGGACGACAGGUGCUAGACUGCCAUGCCAGAGGGAAGAGGCUCCCUGGACCACUGCUCUCUUCCCUGCUGCAGCAGCCGGAACAAAGCGCAUGAACGGACGGUUUUCCAUGUCGUGUCAGUCGGUAUUUUUCAGUUCUGAAGGUGUUUGUGUUGUUCCAGUGGCUGUGAAUAUGUAACUACAUUUUCAGAUCAGUCCAUCCGUGUAAAUAAUCGCUGAGCCAUCACCAUCCGCUGCACCGAUCCACCAAUGAGAGACGAGGAUUCCGCCACUUGUGAUACUGUAAAAAAAAAAAAAAAACACCUCUGACUUAUGCUGGACUUUUCUACAGUGUGAAUGCGCAGAGGUCAAGUGCCACCUGGUGUUGUCUGCAGAAUCAUCUGCUGACAGGACUUUGACUCUGUCCUCAUGCUUCAUUAGGUCCCGUAUUAUGCUGCAGACGUGUGAAGACACAUGCGCCACGGUUGAACGCCGCCGACUCAUCACGAAAAACAACACGAAACAACGAGUCAAAUCAGACGUUCUGAGCUCCAAUCUGACCGCGGCCUCAAGCAAAUCUGGCAACAAAUCCACUCGGCCAGAACCUCUUCCUCCUCCUUUGGUUUUGGAUUCUCCCCAGUGAAUGAACGUGGAAGGCAUCAUAUGGGACCUGCAAAUCACCUUUGAUCCCUUUAAACUCCGCCGCGGCUGCACUGUUGGGUGGAAACAAAAGCUGUCUUUUGAUAUUGUCUCCAUGUGAGUAGAAGGUAAAGGAGCAAAACGCCGCACCAUAACUCAUCCCCAUGGCUCCACCACUUUCCAAUAAUGUACAGAGAGUAAUGCAACGUUUGAAGAAUCAAUCAAUAUGACGCGUGAAAGUGCUCAUUUUAAGGUUUGUGUAUUUGUUUCAUUUGGGCCAAAAGAACAACUCUGUGAAGUCACAAAAAAGAGGCACAUUUCUCUACGACCUUCCUGGAAUGCUAGUCAUGCUAAUGGGUUUUUAUGUGUACUAUAACUGUAUAUAGAUCUAGAAAUAAAGGCCUACUGCAGUUGGUACUGGACCG